UGCAAAGGUGUAUGAAAGGAGAAGGCAAUGGUAUGGGAAGAUCGCUGGGGGCUCUUGGCGCUUCGCUCCUCAUCCGCUGGAGCAGAGAGCAGAGGCGGAGGCCAUUCCUCCACAUCCCCGAGCAGAUGAUAGUCAUCGCGGAGGCCCAACAGCAACAAUGGACACAAGAAGUUGUUGUAGCAUGAAAACCCUAAGCGGGAUUACUCCUUUCCACUUAUGCUUCCGCUCCAGACCUCCUCUUCUUCGUCCUCCUGCCUUUGCUCUCCUCAACUUCAAGUUUUGCCCUCCUCUCCGUUCCUCUCCAAGCCUCUCUGUCUCUCCCCUUUCUUCUCUCUCUGCAGCUGCAAAGGAACAUGGAGCCAAUGGAGGGGAUUCGCUGCUGCUUGUGAACGGGAAGUCGUUGCAGGGUCCUUCGCCAAAUAAGUUUCUUCAGGUCGUUUUAGUGUCUCCUCAGAUUCCUGGAAAUACUGGUUGCAUUGCAAGGACAUGUGCUGCCUCGGCCAUCGGCUUGCAUCUUGUUGGGCCACUAGGUUUUCAGGUGGAUGACUCAAAACUCAAGCGUGCAGGAUUGGAUUACUGGCCAUAUGUGGUUGUCAAAGUUCAUAAUUCGUGGGCUGAGUUUCGAGACUACUUCAGGAAGCAGGAUGGUGAGAAAAGAUUGCUGGCAUUCACCAAAAGGGGGACAGAUAUACAUUCUGAGUUUUCCUACAGAAAGGGCGAUUGGCUUGUGUUUGGUUCUGAAACUUCUGGACUGUCGAAUGAAGUCCUGCUUGAUUGCAGGAAUGAGACGUAUGGUGGUGGCACCAUUCGGAUACCGAUGAUUGAAACUUAUGUUAGAUGUCUUAAUCUUUCUGUGAGCGUGGGAAUUGCUUUGUAUGAGGCGUGCAGACAGUUGAACUAUGCCCAGCUACAAUCUUCAUCAAGCACUUCUAACAACAGUGAGCAAGCGUUCAUUACAGAAGAUAUUUUUGCCUGAAACAUUGUGGUAGGGGCCGUUGAAACUUUUUAUUCUCAUGGGGACACAUCAGACAGAAGUGAGCCAUUCAGAUUGCAGCUUGACUAUGGUUUGUGCCAGGAAGACAUCCAUUGAAUUUGGAUCAAAGAAGAUGCUAUUUGGAUGCAUAGUGGAUCCUACUCUGACUUCAUCCCGGCACUUUCCAAAUUUCCAAAGCAUUGUAGAAGAGAACACGAUAUUUCUCUCAUGGAUUAUUGGGUGUAGUUCUUGAAGAAUGCUGGAUGUCCUGCUGAUGGGGCCUUUACAGCUUCACAAAGCUGAUCCAAGUUGCUGGUGAAAUGUCCAUUUAGUUACCCUGUUUGUGGUAGUCAGUCUGAAAGGUUCGUAAUCUUUGUUUGAUUAGCUUUUCUUGGAUUAGGAAAUAAUUAUUGAGAGUGAGAGUUAUUGGGUGGGCUAGUCCAUAACCAUUUACUGUUACUGGGAAUACAAAAUAUAUCCGUGACCUGAUUGUAUGCGUGAGUCUCGUGCACUUUUUUCGAGUGAAUUACUUCUCCUGUGCUCGAAGCUC